AUGGUGAUGGAGGCGGCUGGCGGUGGAAGUGGUGGAGGCAAGACGAGCCUGAGGCGUCGAAAAGGCGGGGAAGGCGGCAAAUGUAUUCGCAAGGGCUUUAGUAAGGGCGUUGGCGGAGGCGAUGGCAAGAGCGUUCGUAGACUCAUUGGCAGUGACUGGAGGGGCGUGACAAAGGAUUUGUGUGAGCUCAGAGACUCGAUUAGGGAAACCAUCAUGAAAAUUAGUGCUGGUGUGGCUGCUCGGACGGUCAAGACCGCCAUGCUGCUGCCCGCGCGCCUGUCCGCCAGCCGCCGCGCCAACCAGACGAACGACAUCCGCCGCAACCUGCGCCUGCGCUACCCCAAGGACCCCGCGCAGCACCACGAGUGA